AUGCCACUACCUGGCUUAGCCCCUCAAUGCGCCCGAAACUGUUGUGGAGUGGUUCAAGCACGCUUGGGAGAAGAUCAAGAAUGGGCCAACAAGACAGCCAAUUGGUUCGUUGGAGCCUGGAACACGGUCAAGUCGUGGUUUGGCGCCAGGGAUCUUGUUAAUUCAUCACACUCUGAUUGGUACCGUGUUGGCUGGGGUCUCGGCAAUGACGGAUCGAAGGCAACUUCUGAAUGGGUCGCUAGGGACUUCCAUAUCACCCCAUAUCGCUUGUACAAGCAGCAGGUCACUUUCCCUUACACCUUUGAACUUGGUAUUCGCGUUUCUAGCAUGAAACCUGCGCGUACGUACGAGUUUGCUACUACGGAACCAGGCAUCUAUACUCAGACGGCGCUGUGGAAUGCAGACUGGUCGGUUGGUUUCAAUGAUCCAUCUGAUGAGCCCAGAGUAGUUGAAAUCCGUACCCAGAACGGCUGAUGGGCUACCCAGAGGGCUCGCCUGGGAUGUUCGGAUUCAGUCAUUACGGGUCGUUUACACAGAGCAAAGAACCCACUACCAGGCAUGUAGUGGCAGAGUGCAAUCAGGAAUGGCAUUGCGGUCCAG